AUGGCAACUCUCCGUACUCUCCGCCCAUUUUUCCGCACCGUACCCCGCCAACUCCACCUUUCAGCACCGACAUCUCGUUUUCUCAACACAGCAACAGCCCCAUCCCUCUACAAAACCACGGCAACAGUCACAGGAGCUCGCAAUGGACACAUUGUCGGCGAGAAUCUCGAUCUUCACCUCUCAAUGCCGAAAUCCUUGGGCGGUUCCGCAGGAGCCAACAAAACCAACCCGGAAGAACUUUUUGCAGCUGGUUACGGAGCCUGCUAUCAGUCCGCUAUGWACCUCGUCGCGGCAGGAAUGGGAAUCAAAAUGCCUUCCAAAGCUGAAGACAGUAUUGUCGAGACGACGGUGCAUCUCGUGGGAGAUUUGAAACAAGGGGACUUGGGGAUUCGGGUGGAUAUGGUUGUGAAGGUCAAGGGAGUUGAGAAGGGGGAUUUGGAGAUGUUGGUAGAGAAGACGAAAGAGGUUUGUCCGUACAGCAGGGCUACGAAGGGAAAUGUGGCGACGAAUGUGAAGGUUGUGGYUUUGUAG